AUGGUGGAAACACGACACGGGACCCACACGAACGAUGGACAAAAUGGCGGACCACAACCAAAUGGGCAAGGAGGACAGCCAGACUUGAUUCAACUGAUGCAAGCAUUUGUUGCUGCUACUGCUGCCAACCCUCAACAGCCACAACAACAACAACGUGGACCUCUAAUCAGGAGUAGAGAUCAACUUCUGGAUGCAUUCUGCAAACGUCGCCCUCCGAUCUUUUAUGGGGAAGCAAACCUUAGUGCUACAGAAGCAUGGAUCAAACAAAUCUCCAAAUACCUGGAAGUACUUAAUGUGACCAAUGCAGGUGAUCGCAUUGCCUUAGCAAAAUUUCAGAUGCAAGGGGAAGCAGAUCAUUGGUGGGAUUUGAUUAAGACCACUCAUAAUUUGACAACUAUGACCUGGCGGAUGUUUGAAAACCUUUUCCUUGAAAAAUACUUCCCAGCAACUGUGAAGCAAGCCAUGGCCCAGGAAUUUAUGGACUUGAAGCAGCGUACUCUGACAGUAACCCAAUAUGCUGCCCGUUUUGAAGAACUCGCACGUCAUGCUACUACCAUAGUACCCACCGAUGAAGCAAAGGCAAGGAAGUUCGAAUGGGGUCUGUCCCACUCUAUUCGUACUAGUGUGGUUUCUCAUGAGUACCCCACCUAUGCAUAG